AUGGCAACCGAAAUCAGAGAGUUUGCUCACUUAGAAAUCCCACUUGAGGUAAUACAAAAAGCCACUAAUAACUUUUCUGAUGAAAAUAUCAUUGGGAAAGGUGGAUUCGGGUAUGUUUACAAAGGGCAGAUUACACACCGCGGAGAGCUUACAAAUAUUGUAGCACGAAGAUCGAACCGUAGGCGUGGCCAAGCCGACGUUGAGUUCUGGACCGAGAUCUCUGUGCUUUCUGGUAACCACCAUAAGUACUAUAAUACAGUUGAACUGAUCGGGUAUGUUGAUGAGAAAGAAGAGAAAAUCAUCAUAAACCGAGAUAAUUUUGCCAAAGGAAGUCUGGUGAAGUAUCUAAGUGACCCAACCUUUACGUGUAGCCAAAGACUGUAUGUGUCAAUUGAUCUUGCACGUGCAAUAGGUUACAUCCAUCAUUCGUUGGACCAAAGUUAUUAUAUCAUACAUCGUAACAUUAACAGUUACACUGUUUUGUUAGAUGAUGACUGGGGUGCGUGGUUAUCUGGAUUUGAAUACUCUCUCAAACAUCCAAAAGAACGACGAAACCAAAUUUUCCUGUGUGAUGAAGUUAUUGGCACACACGGGUAUAUGGAUCCGGCUGAUUUGAAAAACGGAGGUGUGAAUCACAAGUCGGAUAUCUACUCCUUUGGCGUCGUUUUAUUUGAGUUGAUGUGUGGAAGGAAAGCAAAAGAUGAUCAAGAUAAUAAUAAAUUGCUAGUUUCACUGGCCAAAUUCCAUUAUGAAAAUGGAACAAUGCAUGAAAUUAUCCAUCCUGAUUUAUUGAAACAAAUGAGCCAGAGAUCGUUGAAAUGCUUCUCGAAAGCAGCUUAUUCUUGCUUACAAGAGGAUCGAGCACGACGUCCAGAUGUGGAAAAAGUUCUUAGGAAACUUCAAAAAGCACUCAGUUUGAAGUCGACUUAUUAUAGCCAAAUGACGUAUGGAAAAAAUGAGGAGUAUGAAGAAAAGGUGAAGGAUAUGAACAAUGGAAAGGAUGCAGAAGAUGAAAUUGAAAGCGAUCAAAACGACGAGGAGGAUGAUAAUGAAACAUAUGGAGGUGGACCCUACUUUCUUAAGAGUAAGUCCCAAAAGACCAACAUCAUUAGUGAUUGUACACCAAGCCGAGGCUCUGAGGGUCAGCUGCUUUCCACCCUCGAUGAUGCUUUGAAGCACAAUCUUUGUUACAUAGUCUUUGGUGCUGAUCGGUCUUUGCAUAGAGGCCGUCUUUGUGUGAAUAUUGCAGCUUAG